GCUACUCGGCGCGCCGUACACAACGUCAUCAACACGCGCAUCUCGUCUUGACAUUCGCAGCCUCCAUGCUGGAUGUUUUCGUUCAUGUCCUUUUGCAGAUCUUACCGACUUUACAGUGAACAGCGAGGGCAUUGGAAGUCUUAAACAUGUCUUUGAAACAAGCAUCGGUCCAUGCAAAAUGGGUUAUUGGUCGUGUGAUUGGAACCAAGAUGAGGAAGACGGCGAAAGUUCGAGUCACUAGACUUGUCCUGGAUCCAUAUCUACUUAAGUACUACAACAAAAGGAAGACAUACUUUGCACAUGAUGCCUUGCAGCAGUGCACUGUUGGGGACAUCGUGUUGUUGAAGGCUUUACCAGAGAGGAGAUCUAAACAUGUCAAGCAUGAACUGGCUGAGAUAGUGUUCAAAGUCGGGGCAGUGGUUGACCCCCUGACUGGCAAAAAGGUUGCCGGAGGGCUCUUUCUGGAGCCCCUUACAGAGUCCACAGAAAACACAGAGGCAUCCUUAACAGAAAAGUUAGAACAGCUGAACAUUUCUGCAUCUCCUUCACCCUCUCUUUCGUUUUCAGCCUCUGCGUCUCCUUCAUCUCCAGCUUCUGCGUAGUCUUGUUUUUUUUGUAUUAAUGUACGAAUGUACCUGUAUAUUCUUGUUGUCAUGCAGAUAAAAAUGAAGUCCAUUACUCUUGUGUGUGGUAA